AUGAGAUAUGCUCCAGAAAUCAAGAAGUCCCCACCACACCUCCUGAAGAAACUUGCAGUGUGUGACAGACCUCUCUAUAAAAUCUGCGACUACAACAUCACCAGGGACCGAUGCAGGGACCUCGGGUGCUGCUUCUACAAGGGUGUCUGCUAUGAGAAAGCUGUUCCUAUUUAUGUGCAGGUGUUCUCCGCCCUGAUCGUGCUCAUCGCUGGGGCCUUUGUCAUCUCCAUUAUCUACAGCGUUGUACAGGACAUCAGGAGAGAGAAGGAGAUCCCUGUGGAGCCCACACCAACUGUCACGACCACCAAGGAGGAGUCUGAACCGCCACCUCAAGAAGAAGAGUCAUCCAAAACCCCUACUAGCUCCUCUCAGAAAGAGACUGACAGUGACGUGGAAGUGGAAGCCACAUUGGUGCUCUCACAACACCCAGAAAUUGAGGAAUGA